AAUACUUUUUUUUUUUUAUCUGUCAUGGAAAAUCACGAUUACGUUGUGUAGACGACGUGACUUAAGCAACAACGAUCAUGGCCGGUGACAAUCCUUACAAGAACUUAGUGAAAACUUUAGAAUGUGGUUCAAAACAAUAUCGUUAUUAUGAUGUCACUCAAUUUGGAGAAAAAUAUGACAGAUUACCAUUUUCGAUAAGAGUUUUAUUAGAAAGUACUGUCAGAAAUUGCGAUGGAUUUCAAGUGAAAACCAGCGAUGUAGAAAAACUCAUCGAUUGGGAGAUCAAUCAAACGAUUCCUGAAGGAGUUGAAAUAGCAUUUAAACCAUCAAGAGUUAUUUUACAAGAUUUUACCGGAGUUCCAGCAGUCGUUGAUUUUGCUGCUAUGAGAGAUGCUGUUAAAAAAUUGGGCGGUAAUCCUGACAAAAUAAAUCCCAUUUGUCCUUCGGAUCUCGUUAUUGAUCAUUCCAUACAAGUUGAUUUUAUUAGAAGUUCGGAUGCAUUGACAAAAAAUGAAGAAAUUGAAUUCGAAAGGAACAAGGAACGUUUUAUGUUUUUAAAAUGGGGAGCUAAGGCAUUUGAAAAUAUGUUAAUAGUACCACCAGGAAGCGGUAUCGUUCAUCAAGUGAAUUUAGAAUAUUUAGCCAGGGUUGUGUUUGAUAACAACAGUCUUCUUUACCAUGAUAGCGUUGUUGGAACAGACUCACAUACAACUAUGAUUAAUGGUCUUGGUGUUCUUGGAUGGGGAGUUGGAGGAAUAGAAGCAGAAGCUGUUAUGUUAGGUCAAGCGUUGUCUAUGUUAAUACCUAAAGUUGUUGGUUACAAAUUAGAAGGUGUUUUAAAUCAAUACGCAACGUCAACAGAUUUGGUACUUACUAUUACUAAGAAUCUUCGUCAAGUAGGAGUUGUUGGAAAGUUUGUUGAAUUCUUUGGCUCCGGUGUAUCUCAAUUAAGUAUAGCUGAUCGUGCAACAAUUUCAAAUAUGUGUCCAGAGUACGGAGCUACAGUUGGAUUUUUUGCAGUUGAUAAACAGAGUUUAGCAUAUCUCAAACAAACUAAUCGAUCAGAAGAACAUAUUGCAAAAAUUGAGAAAUAUCUGACCGCUUUACACAUGUUAAGAAAUUACGAAGAUGAACAACAAGAUCCUAUAUACUCCGAAGUUAUUAGUUUGGACUUGAAUACAGUAGUUUCCAGCGUCAGUGGCCCAAAAAGACCUCACGAUCGAGUUUCUGUGUCUGAUAUGAAGGAAGAUUUUAAAAAAUGUCUUUCCAAUAAGGUAGGAUUCAAAGGAUAUGGUUUAAGUCCAGCAAAAUUGGACAAUGUUGGAAUGUUUGAAUAUGAAGGAAAGGAUUAUAAAUUACGUCACGGUUCUGUAGUUAUUGCAGCAAUUACCAGUUGUACAAAUACCAGUAAUCCUAGUGUCAUGCUAGGAGCAGGUCUUUUGGCUAAAAAAGCGGUUGAAGCUGGAUUAUCGGUUGCACCGUAUAUAAAAACAUCUCUAUCACCUGGAUCAGGUGUAGUUACGUAUUAUCUUCAAGAAAGUGGCGUCAUUCCGCAUUUAGAAAAAUUAGGCUUUGAUGUCGUAGGUUAUGGAUGUAUGACUUGUAUCGGAAAUAGUGGUCCUCUUCCAGAUGUGAUAGUAAAUACCAUCGACAAGAACGAAUUAGUAUGCUGUGGUGUAUUAUCCGGUAAUAGAAAUUUCGAGGGUAGAAUUCAUCCAAAUACUCGAGCAAAUUACUUAGCAUCACCGCUUUUAGUUAUUGCAUAUGCUAUCGCUGGUACUGUAGAUAUUGAUUUUGAAAAAGAACCUUUAGGAUACAGGAAAGAUGGAUCGGCAAUAUUUCUUCAAGAUAUAUGGCCUACCAGAUCAGAAAUUCAAAGUGUCGAACAAAAAUAUGUUAUACCGGCUAUGUUUAAAGAAGUAUAUGAUAAAAUAGAAAAAGGUAGCAGCAAUUGGGCAAAUUUGUUAGCUCCUAAUGGUAAAUUAUAUCCUUGGGAUUUAAAUUCCACAUAUAUACAAAAUCCACCAUAUUUUGAUCAUCUUCAGAAGGAAAUUCCUAAAAUACAAUCUAUUAAUAAUGCACGUGUACUUUUGAAUCUUGGUGAUUCUGUAACAACCGAUCAUAUUAGUCCUGCUGGUAGCAUUGCACGUAAUUCUCCAGCUGCAAGAUAUCUUGCUAGUCGUGGAUUAACACCAAAAGAAUUUAAUUCUUAUGGUUCACGUAGAGGAAACGAUGCUGUUAUGGUGCGAGGAACAUUUGCAAAUAUUCGUUUACUUAAUAAAUUUAUUGGUAAACCUGGACCAAGAACAAUUUAUAUUCCAACUAACGAAGAGAUGGAUAUAUUUGAUGCUGCAGAGAAAUAUAAAAAAGAUAAUAUUCCUCUAAUAUGUUUAGUUGGUAAAGAAUAUGGAUCUGGAUCUUCCAGAGAUUGGGCGGCAAAGGGACCAUACCUUCUUGGAAUACGAGCGAUAAUAGCUGAAUCUUAUGAAAGAAUUCAUAGGUCCAAUCUUGUAGGAAUGGGCAUUAUACCAUUACAAUACCUUCCAGGACAAAAUGCUGAAUCCUUAGGAUUAACAGGUUAUGAAAAAUUUAAUAUUAUUCUCCCUGACGAUUUUCAGCCUGGUCAAAAUAUUACAGUUACGACGGAUCAAGGCAAAAGAUUUGAAGUUAUUGUACGCUUUGAUACAGAAGUUGAUAUAACUUAUUAUCGGCAUGGAGGUAUUCUUAAUUAUAUGAUUAGAAAGAUGCUCUGAUAAGUUUAUUUUUAAUCGCAAUUAAAUCAUUUGAAUAUGAACAAGUGUUACUUAAGGAGAUACUUAAACUCAUGCUUAAUAAUUCAUUGUUGAUGUAUAUUAUUGUUAAAGGUGGUAUGGUAUAAAAUUGUUUAUAUUUUAAGAUAUUAUAACAAUGUUAAGAAGAGAAAGUCAUAAAGUUGGAAAAAAAUGUAUCUUGGAAAUAUGAAGUAGUUUUAUAAUACCCCAUGAUGACUGCGAAUGCAUUCGUAUAUUAUAUACAUAGAAAAUAUUAUUUAUGUUAUUUCCAAAUAUAUUUUUACUUAAAAUUCUU